GCCGGCGCCGGGCGGCGGAAGUGGCUCCCGAGCUGGGACUUGAGUGUUUGUGUUUUGGUUCGCGGCGGAGCCGGCGGCUGGCCUGAGGGGAGGAGGCAGAGGAGGGAGGAGGAGGAAGAAUUAGUCGGAACUCGAGCGCCGGCGGCGGCGAAGGAGGAGAAAGGAAAGAGGAAGGCGGAGCGGAGAGAGGCGGAGACGCAGCCGGACGGGGGCGGCACCACGGCACGAUCCCCGCACGGUCCAGUCUGAGGGGAGCGGCCUGAGGAAGAGACGCGCCGCCGCCGUCUAAGUCACCGCCACAGUCUCAGCCUCUUUUCGGGCUGCGCCUGGGACCUGCUGCCGGGAGGCUUCAGCCCCGCCGCUCCGCGUGCUGCGGCCUCAGGUGUCUCUACAUCCAGAAAGAAAAAAAUUAACACCUUGCAUCCUGGAAGUUCAUUUAAGAGACUGAAAUUAGGGACUUCUUUCAAAUUUGGACAUGGCUAAUCGAGGAGCAACAAGACCCAACGGGCCCAAUACUGGAAAUAAAAUAUGCCAGUUCAAACUAGUACUUCUGGGAGAGUCUGCUGUUGGCAAAUCAAGCCUAGUGCUUCGUUUUGUGAAGGGCCAAUUUCAUGAAUUUCAAGAGAGUACCAUAGGGGCUGCUUUUCUAACCCAAACUGUGUGUCUUGAUGACACAACAGUAAAGUUUGAAAUAUGGGAUACAGCUGGUCAAGAACGAUACCAUAGCCUAGCACCAAUGUACUACAGAGGAGCACAAGCAGCCAUAGUUGUAUAUGAUAUCACAAAUGAGGAGUCCUUUGCCAGAGCCAAAAACUGGGUUAAAGAACUUCAGAGGCAAGCCAGUCCUAACAUUGUAAUAGCUUUAUCAGGAAACAAGGCUGACCUUGCAAAUAAAAGAGCUGUCGAUUUCCAGGAAGCACAGUCCUAUGCAGAUGACAACAGUUUAUUAUUCAUGGAGACAUCAGCUAAAACAUCAAUGAAUGUAAAUGAAAUAUUCAUGGCAAUAGCUAAAAAGUUGCCAAAGAAUGAACCACAGAAUCCAGGAGCAAAUUCUGCCAGAGGAAGAGGAGUAGACCUUACUGAACCCACGCAGCCAACCAGGAGUCAGUGUUGUAGUAACUAAACCUCCAGUUGGAACUUGCUGGAAUAUUCUUCUGCUUCCUAAAUGUUAAUGACAGUGAAAUUGGAGCAUUUAACCAGCCCAGUAUGACUUCCAAAAAGAAGAGACUUAUGAUAGAGUCAAGUUUCUAAUACAGAAUUAUUUUAAGUGUUCUGAACUUAAUUUUUAAUAACAUGCAUGUGACCCUCUGACUAAUGUUUCAGAAGUAGAAGGGGGGGAAUGAGAGCUGUGUGUGUACGCUUGUUUCCUUGGACGGUUAGGGAAUCGUUUCUCAUCACCAGGGAUAGAGACAAAGGAUGAUGUAAACCCACAGUUAACUGGCCACUGCUAAGUAAAAGAUUUGGAACUUAUUAAUUUGGGCUUUUCAAAAACAUUCUUUUUUUAGAAGGAGGUUCUAAAGAUACGCUUAGCUACAGUAUUCAGGCAACAGGUAAUUUCUCUUAGUGUGCAUAUUUAAAAUGUACAUUCCACAUUUUAACAAAUUAACCGCAAGAAAACAGUCCCACAUCUUCUGGGGGAAAACACGAAAAUUAGUGGCAUCUAAAUUAUAGCCAGUCCUGGUAUUUUUAGUGGGGUAAAACAAGUCAAAUGUAACCUCAUCUUGUUUUAGGAAUAUGAAAACGGACAAAUGCAUCUUAAUGGAUUGUGUUCCUUUCAAACAUGUGAGCUCUUCAACAGAAAUGAAACAAACCAGGUGUCUGUGAUUUCUGUUUAAUCACUGCUGGCCAUUACAUAGGUUUUGUUGUUUGGGGGGAGGGAGCUUUUGUUCCCUUUGGACGUAAUAUAGUCAAUGCACUAACAAUUAUGUACAUUCAAACUUGAUUAUUUUAAAUUCAGUCUUCAGCUGUACUGUAAAUAGGGUACUGCACUGUAGUCUCCAUAUAUGUUUAUUACUUUCCUGUAAUAUUUAAGAGUUGCUUAAAGGUAUACAAAAUGUACAGUUACUAAAACAGCUAAUUUUUCCUUUUCUCUCCCUUUGAAAGGAAGGGGCUUCAAUUGUUCCUACAUGCUAGAACCAUAAUAAACAAUGUACCAGUAAUUUGUAACAUAAGUAUUGCAGUAUGUUAGUAACAAUCUUGCAGCCUUGUUUUCCAAAGUUCAUUUUAUUUUGAUCAGUUCAGUAUAUUGCACUAAUUGUUUUAGGUAUUUUCAUUAUAUGAAAUCUACCAUGUGUCAGAGAUGAUUUAAUCUAUUUAAGUGUUGAACUGCUAGCAGAACUUGUACAUUUACAGUAAUUCAGAAUUAGUAAGGAAAACAGUUCACCAGUGUUUAGUUUUAUAUUGAGGUGCUCAGGUUGGAAUAAAGUGGUAUAAAAAGCAA